AUGGGUAGUAUUCAAGGCCCAUUCCCUCGCAUAUACGAGGGCAAACUCGCUCUCGUAACAGGAUCCGCACGUAGCAUUGGAGCUGCUAUAGUCGAGAACCUGGCCAGCAAGGGCUGCAAUGUGAUCAUCAACUAUGCGACCGAGGGCUCCGACGAGUCCGCAGCAGUACUCGCCACCAAACUCCAAAAGGAAUACUCAGUGCGCGCUCUGCCCAUUCGAGCAGACAUUACCUCGCGGGAGGAAUGCGCACGAAUUGUAUCCAGCGCAAAAGAACAUUUCACCAACUCGGAAACAGGAUCUUUCCAAAUCGACAUCAUCGUUCACAACGCCGCGGUGUUAUACCUUGGCCCAUUGGAAUCGGUCAAAGAAUCCGAAUUCCGUCGAAUCUAUGAAGUGAAUGUUCUUGGGCCACUUUUACUUACCGGUGCCUGCAAGGAGUAUCUUCCCACCGAUCGCUCGGGGCGUAUUGUGAUGCUAUCGAGUAUUGCAUCGAAGACGGGGACGGAGAACACUUCGCUUUACUCGGGCACCAAGGGCGCCAUUGAGGCCAUGACACGUGUGUGGUGUCGUGAGCUGGCCGAGAGAGCCACCGUCAACUCAAUCAACCCUGGUCCGGUCAUGACGGAUAUGUAUAUGUCUGCACCUGAUGAGGUCAAGGAGGGGCUUGCGCAUUGGAAUCCUCUCACGCCGUUGGUGGCUGUUCGGGAUACUGAUAGCCCGGAGGUGCAGGAGUUGGGUAGGAAGUUUGGAGGAAGAGCGGCGUAUGCGGAGGAGAUUGCUGGGUUGAUUGCCACGAUCUGUAAUCCGGAGUUUGGGUGGUGUACUGGAAGUGUCAUUUCUGCAAAUGGAGGGUUGUCCUUUAGUACCUAA